AUGCAAUACCCAGGUACCUUGGAUAAUAUGGACAUUUCCCUUGUCUCAGAAUCAUUGACGGACACCUUUCCCUCUCAAUAUUCUUUUCCAUGCUGGGAACAAGAAAUCCUUCAAAAUAUAAAUUCGAUAUUCGACCAAGAGGUCAAACUCAUCUCUGCUCUUCGAGAGGUCGAGGAUCUUGGAACUCCAGUCAGGCAAGCAGAAGAUAUAGAGAGAAUUGCGGAGGGUUCUGGUCUAGGCAAGUUACUGCAGAAGGAGAUCGAGGCAUGCGACACCAAAGACCUGAACUCGGAUGCCUCUAGCACCUGGUUUCCGUAUGAUGAGUGA